ACCAAACAGAGACGUUUCUUCCCCUUGCACGCGACUAUAAGCCAAUCAGGGUCGAGGCAAGGGCUGGAUCUCUGAUUUCCAGUGGGGCUGAUUCGGGGAGGAAGUCGGUUUUUAAUUUCUUGUGGCAGUGCAAGCGCUGUUGGAUAGCAGGUGAAAGGUAAUUUUAACAGAACUUCGUUGGCCAGAAAAGCAGCGACGCGCGUUUAUUUCGACUGUGACGUCUCGUCAAAGUUCGGACCAGCAGAAAUAGUAUGUUGUAAAAUACCAGUAAAGUGGAUGUGAGAGGCUGCAGGGAGAUUUCACCAUCUCUAUCUCUUACUGCAAACAUUUGAGUUCUGUACAAGAGAGAAAUCCUUUCUGGAGCAUGUCUAGUACAGGACACAAGAGAUCUGACCGUGAAGAUAAAUGUGUGCAGGGAGAACACAGAACCAGUCCUCCACGCACUUCCUAUGGCAAAAAACAACUUCCUUCCAUACCGAAAAAUGCAGUUCCGAUAACCAAGCCUAUAUCCCUGGCUGCUUCAGCACAAUCUACCAAUGGAACACAUGCCUCGUAUGGGCCCUUUUAUUUGGAGUACUCGCUGCUUGCAGAGUUCACCUUGAUGAUAAAACAGAAACUGCCUGGAAUCUACGUGCAGCCAUCCUACCGAUCAGCUUUAAUGUGGUUCGGGGUUAUUUUUAUCCGACAUGGACUGUACCAGGAUGGCGUUUUCAAGUUCUCGGUUUACAUCCCUGAUAACUACCCAGAUGGCAAUUGUCCUCGAGUGGUAUUUGAUAUCCCAGUCUUCCACCCUUUAGUGGAUCCAGUAUCGGGGGAGCUGGAUGUGAAGAGAGCAUUUACAAAGUGGAGACGGAAUCACAAUCACAUUUGGCAGGUACUGAUGUACGCCCGCACAGUAUUCUAUAAGAUACAGACGGUGGAUCCCCUAAACCCAGAAGCUGCAGUGCUGUAUGAAAAUGAUGUGCAGCUCUUUAAAAGCAAGGUAGUGGAUAGUGUGAAGCUAUGCAACAGCCAUCUUUUUGACCAGCCUAAAAUGGAUGAUCCCUAUGCAAUCAGCUUUUCUCCGUGGAAUCCUGCUGUACAUGAAGAGGCAAGAGAAAGGAUGUUUACGCAUAAAAGAAGGCCUGAUGAGCACCCCAAAAGCGUGCAGGUGUCGGGCUUGUCGUGGGUGAAGCCUGGAUCAACUCAGCCCUUCAGUAAGGAUGACCACAUUCUGCAGGCUUGAGCUCUUCCAAACAACUUGCUGUCCACCACUUUCUACUAACGGGGAGGAGGGGCGGGUGGGCAGGUGUGACCAGGAAAUCCGUGAACUCUAAUGAAUCAGUACAAUUUCUUGUAAAAUAAUAGACGUAUAUAUUGUCAGAUUCUUUUUUUUCUUUUAAUUGAGUUAUGCAUACUUUAACUGCAUGGACCUCCUAGUGUUUUGUUUCCAACUGAACUGACAUUUAAAUGUGUUUUGGAGAAUCUGGAUCCAAGUAGUAGAUAUGAUAUGGACUUUGAACCAAGUGAAUGGGUUUCAGACUGCACAGGUUCAAGUGGAACCAAGGCAUAAGGUGGUCUGUGUUUCAAUACAGUUAUUGCAGAUAACACUAAUGGUGACCAUUUAAUUUUCAGUCUUCUGAGUCAGUUUUGUUAAAUCCUGCCGUGAAGGUGUAUCAAUCUUAAGUCUUAAUGUUUAUAGGCAGAAGGUAAAUAGUAUUAAAAUAUGAAGCUGAUGUUAAAUUGUUAUAAUUUAAACAUUUUUACAUGCAAGUGUUUUCGCAGCCAUUUUACGUUUUUCUUGAAUGCGGUUGUUUUGGGUUUCUGUGUGUAAAUGUUAGCUGACUUAUUGUAAAUAACUUGUUUAAUUCUGUAUUUAGCACUUUGAAGUGAUUUUAUUGUGUUGAGAACUGUAUUCUUGACACACUGGUAUGUAAUUUAUAUGAAGUUGGAUUUGUUAUUAAAGCACACAAGGAAAGCAAGGAAA